CGACUUGCGUGCCGCUUUCGUGCAUUCAGAUAUCACCUAGAGCAGCGCUGAUCGCCCCAUCAAAUUACCCAGCUCCGGUCGCAUACCAGUCGACAUGCGCAACACCCGGCGUGUCACGGAGCAGCUUCUUGACCCGCACUCCAGCCCCGCACUGUCCCGCGAGCGUGUGUCGGCGCCACAGCAGCUGUAUGCGGCAGAGACUGUGUACGAGCGUGUGGAGGCGCUGGAUGCCGUGCCCACCGUGUCGGGUCUGCGCGGCCUGCUGCUGUGCGCCGCCGCCGCGCCGCCGGUGUGGGCCGUGCUGGCGGCCAUACUGGCCCGGGAGCUGGCGGCGCGGGGGCCCGGCGUCUUUUUCAGCAGCCGGCACCGGCGCCUGGAGGACCUGCCUCUGCCGCCCGCACUCAGCCCCGGCGGCGCGCCUCUUGGGCCGCCAGUGCCGCUGAGGGAGGCGCUGAGCGCGGAGGCGGCGGAGGCGGCGGCGGCAGGGGGUGCGGGUGGCGGCGGCGGCGGCGGGGAGCCGCGGCUGAUGCGAGUGAUGAUAGACGUGGGCGGCGGCGUGAGGCUGCACGCUGUGCGCUACGCCGCCUCCGCCUCCUCUCCCACCGCCGCCUCCUCUCCCGCCUCCGGCUCCGCCUCCUCUCCCACCUCCGCCGGCCCCCGCAAGCCGCUGAUGCUGAUGCUGCAUGGCUUCCCCGAGUGCUGGUACUCGUGGCGGGACCAGCUGGCGGCCUUUCGGGACGAGUACGAGGUGGUUGCGGUGGACAUGCGCGGGUUCGGUUGGAGCGACAAGCCGGCGGGGGUGGGCGCCUACGGACUGGAGGCGCUGAGCGAGGACGUGAAGGCCGUGGUGGGGGCGCUGGGGUACAGCUCCUGCACGCUGUUGGCGCACGACUGGGGCGGCGUGGUGGCCUGGGCCGCAGCAGGCCGCUACCCGGGCCUGUGUGACCGGCUGGUGGCGCUGGCGGCCCCGCACUGGCUGCUGUACAAGUCCAACUGGGGGCCGGAGCAAGCGCUGAGGUCGGCCUACUUCAUAACGUUCCAGGCGCCCUGGGCUGCUGAGGCGCUGCUCACCCACAGCGACGCCCACUUCCUGGAGGGCCUGUGGGCGCCGGGGGCGGACACGGCGCCCCGGACGGCGGCGGGGGCCGUGACGCGGCAGGACAUGGAGGUCUACAAGGCGGCGCUGCUGCAGCCGGGCGCCGCCACCGCCGCACUCAACUACUACCGCGCACUGCUGCGGGGCGACGUGGGGCUGCGGCCCGUCAGCCCCGAGGUGGACCGCGCGCUCCGGCGGCGGCUGGCGGAGCUGCCUGUGCUGGUGGUGUGGGGCGAGCAGGACCACGCGCUUGGGGUGGGCAACCUGAGGGGCCUGGAGCAGGUGGGUGCGGGGGUGGGCAACCUGAGGGGCCUGGAGCAGGUGGCCCCCCGCGCCGAGGUGCACGUGCUGCCCGGCGUGAGCCACUGGAUCCAGGGCGACGCACGUGCGCCCCUGGCGGCCCUGAUGGCGGACUGGCUGGCCAGACACCCGCUGCCGCCGCAGGCGCGGUAGCUCAGGCGCGGUAGCUCAGGCGCGGUAGCAGCGCCGGCGCCGCCGCCACAGGCGCGGUAGCUCAGGCGGGGUAGCAGCGCCGCCGGCGCCGCCACCGGCUGCUGCGUGGCAGCGCCUGUCGCGUUGUAGCGCCUGUAGUGCUGACCCUGUGCGGCAGCGCGGACUGCCGCCAAGCGUUGGGUCUUGGGCCUUGAUAGGGCGGGCGUGCAUGCUGUGGCUGGGUGACUGGGGUGGCUGUAAGCGUAACUUGCACGCGUGCAUCCGCGGAGCGUUUUGACUGCUUACAGUGGCAAUCAGGACAGGCAGCAUGAGUGCAUGGCCCAUGCAAAGUGCAGUGGCUGGCGGGGCGGGGUGGCAGGAGCGCGUGGGGGAGGCGGGGGGUGGGGGGCAAGGCGGCAAGCUGCCCAGCAGGUGUGGGCUGUGGGGGCACAACUGGCGUGGAGCGGUUAGGGGGCGGGGGUGGAACGAUUAAGUGCAACAGUCUGUGACAGGCAUGAGGCGGGACUCCUGCUUUGAUAGGUGUGAGGUUGCGGGGGGGGGGGGGUGUUAAAAGCAGCGGAGGCACUGUGGAGUGAGUAGGCGUUGCUUGGCUCGAUGACAGGGUGUGCGGCGUGGCACGUGUCACGCCGCCCGUGAACGGGUGGAGCGCCUGGUGCGGUUGCUGGCGUGAGGCGUGCUGCGUGCGCCGCUGUGCCUCCGUGAGACAGGGGCAGCAUGGCGGGGGGAACCGAGGUCACCAUGCUGUAGCACGUGCGUGUGUGCAGGGCUUUGUUCAUGGCUCGGUGAGCCAGUGGGAUUCGAUGCGUGCCCAAGGUGUGGCGACCUAUCCAUCCGUGCCACCUUCGACACGUGUGCGUGUGCACAGGGCCUUUAGCUUGGCUCGUUGUGAGAGAUGGGGGGUGCGUGCGCCUGUGGUGGGUAGCCGGUGCGCUCCUCAGUGGGCAUGAGAGGGGGAGGGCCUUUAGCUUGGCACGUUGAAAGAGAAGGGGAGGGUGCGUGCGCCAGGGGUGGGGAGCCGGUGCGCCUGAUACUGGUCAUGGGCCUUUAGCUCAGUGGUAGAGCGCGCGCUUCGCACCCUUGAGGGUCUGCACCCCGGAGCCUGCGUGGGGGCACAUCAAGGAGGCCCCAAUGUGGUUGUGCGGGCAGAGCGAGGGGAAAGCUGUGCGGGUGCGGGCUGGCCGGCUGGGGGCCGAGGCGCAAGCACACGGGGCAGGCGCGCCUGUCAGUUGGAUACCACAGCCGCACCGGUGCAAAGAAUGGCCGGUUACGAGGAGGCUUGGGCAGGGUGGAAGGGGGACUGCUGUGGGCAAGUCCUAUGAGCUGUGCUUUGGCCGGCGUUCAAGUGCACGCCCGCCACCUCCGCCGGGCGACGUCUUUCCAUAUUAAUUAUUG